AGCUUCAAGGUUUAGGACCCUGUAGUUGGCCUUGGUCCCGGCUGAAACCCAUGGUGGCAUGCCGAACCCGAACCGAUUCGGUGCCCCACACGAGGAGGAGGAGGAGGACCUCCUAAGAGGGCGAUGGAAGGCAAAGAAGGCCCAGAAUAGUGACAUGGAUGAGGACUUGCUGCCCUUCAAGUUGAGCCCGAAGGCCAGUGCGCUGGUGGCUGUGGGCAUUUGCCUGCUCUUCCUGGUGCUUGUGAAGGUGGUGAUGUUCCCAGGGCCCAUUGAAGCAGGCCCUUCAGGUCCGAAGAAGGCCGAACCUCAGAGUCUUCAGCAUCCAGGUGGCCAGAAUCUUGAUCAGCCCGCCAAACAGAACUUCCUCCAGGAUCCCAGUCCGUCACCUGGUCAAGACGGGCUGGGUGGCCCGAAGGGGGGCGAUGGCGGCGAUGAUGAUGAGAAGGGUGCGGGGCCUGAUGAAGGCGACGAUGAUGACAAGGUCCAAGGGACAGAUGAUGGCAAGGUCGAUGGGAAGAUCGAUCCCUUCCGCCCACGAGAUGACCAGGUGGACGAUGACCCUGCAGAUGGCCAAGUGGACGACAACUCUGGCAAUGGUAAGGACGAAGUCUGGGAGAAGGACAAAGAAGCUGAUGAGAGCGAAUAUGGUUACUCGAACCAGGCUGCAGCUGAAGGCAAGGGUUUACCUACAGUCCCUGGAGAGCCAGACCCUGAAGGCCGCGAAGGCCCCGGAGGCUCCGAAGGCGAUGGUGUACCUGCGCCUGAAGGCCCCGAAGGGGCCGAAGGUGAUGGGGCAGGCAGCCCAAGUGCUGGUGAGACGGAUGAUGAUGACGAAGACACCGAGCCAAGCGAUGGACAGACCAAGGAUCCCACAGUGGCAGGUCACGGUGGGGCCAAGGUGGAUUUGAGUGAGGGUGAAGGUGCACUAGGCGAAGCAACACCUGCACCACAAGCAAAUGCUCCGGCAGUUGCAGAGCCUAAUGUGGCAAGCCCGCCAAGCGAAGGUUCCAAGGAAGCAGAGAAAGCCACGCCUGACGAGGCAAAACCUGCGCCAGAAGCAGAUCCUUCUAAAGCUGCGGAGCCUAAUGUGGCAAGCCCGCCAAGCGAAGGUUCCAAGGAAGCAGAGAAAGCCACGCCUGACGAGGCAAAACCUGCGCCAGAUGCAGAUCCUUCUAAAGCUGCGGAGCCUAAUGUGACAAGCCCACCAAGCGAAGGUUCGAAGGAAGCAGAGAAAGCAACGCCUGACAAGGUAACACCUGCCCCGCAAGCAGAUGAUUCUAAAGCUGCACAGCCUAAUGUGGCAAGCCCGCAAAGCGAAGGUUCCGAGGAAGCAGAGAAAGCAACACCUGUCAAGGCAACACCUGCGCCGCAAGCAGAUGCUCCUGCUGAAGGUGCAGCCACACCCGCUCGACAUGGUGUUUCGGCACCUGCUUCAAGCAGUGUGCCAGCACUGGAUCCAGUUGCACAGCCUGAUGCCCCUGGUGUGGCAGCACCUCCGCCGCAAGCCACUGGUCCGGCAGCGGGGCAGCCUAAUGCUUCUGGUGAGGCAACACCUUCACCAGAAGCAGAUGCUUCUAAAGCUGCAGAGCCUGAUGUGGCAAGCCCGCCAAGCGAAGGUUCCAAGGAAGCAGAGAAAGCAACGCCUGACAAGGCAACACCUGCGCCGCAAGCGGAUGCUCCUGCUGAAGGUGCAGCCACACCCGCUCGACAUGGUGUUUCGGCACCUGCUUCAAGCAGUGUGCCAGCACUGGAUCCAGUUGCACAGCCUGAUGCGCCUGGUGUGGCAGCACCUCCGCCGCAAGCCACUGGUCCAGCAGCGGGGCAGCCUCAUGCACCUGGUGAGGCUACACCUCCAGGGCCAACAGAUGCUCCUGCUGAAGGUGCAGCCACGUCUGCUGGAAAUCAUGUUUCGGCACCUGCUUCAAGCAGCGUUCCAGCAGCUGCACCGCCUGAAGCGCCUAGUCAGGCAAUGCCUGCGGCAGAAGCAAAUGCUUUGGCUGCAGGGCAGCCUGAUGUGCCGAAACCAAGUGUUCCAAGUGAGGUUACACCCGCACCUGAGGGCGCAAGUGCUCCAGCAACUGCCGCGCCUGAAGCUGUGCCUAGCGAAGGUGCAACGACUCAGCCUGGUGAGAGUGAAGGCGCAGCUGUGACCAACCCGGCUGGUGCUGCACUGCCCAAUGUUUCUGAGAGCACCCACGCCGGCCAAGCUGUUCCUGCAAAUGGUCAGCCCUGAAAGGGCCCAACGUGGCCCGUCUCAGGAUGCGCAACAGAAACGGUUCACGGACAGAA